UUUAACAAACUAACGGAUAUAAAUUGUAGUGAAACAUAAGUGUAUUAUUACCUCAGAAAACCCAGCGUGCGCUGCUCUAGUCAACUGUAACAGGCAAAACGUCUCGUGCUUCACAUCUGUUUCUUCCAUACACGAAGCCAAAAUAAUAUCACAAAUUACCAUGGUUCAAUUAUAUUUGUAAAACGUUUUCUUUUGGUUACAUUUUAAAUAUUUUGAUUUCUAGAACGACUUAUUGCAAAAGGUUAUUACCUAAUUACAAUCACAACAUUGUGAAAAAAAAAAACAGACUCUUGCAAUCACAGACAGGUGGUGUAAAACUCUCGAAGUAAUUGAAAGAUCCUGUGCCGCGAACUUUAAAUAUUUCACAUACAUUUGAAACUCCAGUGUUUAGUUGAUCUUGAUAAGCGUUCGUCGUCACACCUGUAAAUACUACGGCUUUCUUCUUUCUUGAGGGGGUUUGGCACAACGGUAUCUUUGUUUCCGGACAGAACGUUAAAGAAACGUAGACUAUAAAAACGCGAAACACACGUCUCUCGGAAAUCCUGUAGAAUUCAACCAAUCCGAUGACGACUUCGACACUCCUGAAGUGUUUCCACUUUUCAUAUGAUCAUAUGAUGUCUAUGAUAUGCAUCAUACGUUUAGCCAACGAUCCGUGGGAGUGACGUCUACUUACUUUGCUACUUAUUGAGGACCUUAAACCAUGUACAUCGAGUUGGCAGUGGCAUUGGGGCUCGGAGUUGUGGUAGCCCUGGUAUUCCUGAAGAAAAGAAGAAAGAGUGUCCUUAAAGCACAUGAUGGGUGGUGGGGUGUGGGAGCUUGUCCCCAAGGACCCGAGGACGACAGUAUCCGCCCUUUCAGAGUUGAAACAACUUCAGAAGAGAUUGAGGAUCUACACCGCAGGCUAGAUCAGACCCGCUCCUUUCCUUCUCUUGAAGACAGUCAGUUUAACUAUGGCUUUAACUCCAAAUACCUUGAGAAGGUUGUGUCUUAUUGGAGGAAUGAUUUCAACUGGAGAAAACAAGUGGAUAAGCUAAACAAAUACCCUCAUUUCAAAACCAAAAUCGAAGGUAUUGAUAUUCACUAUAUUCACGUGAAACCAAAGAGCCUUGCUGAGGGAACCCGUGCUGUGCCUCUGAUGAUUGUACAUGGAUGGCCAGGCUCCUUCUAUGAGUUUUAUGGUAUGAUCCCCCUGCUUACGGAGCCAUCCAGUCCUGAUGACAUUACCUUCGAAAUCAUUUGUCCCUCAAUACCUGGUUAUGGUUUCUCAGAGGCCCCACAUAAAAAAGGUUUUGACAGUGUAUGUGCAGCACACAUAUUCAAUAAACUGAUGAAGAGGCUUGGUUUCAACCAGUACUAUGUUCAGGGAGGAGACUGGGGCUCGCUUAUUACAACUAAUAUGGCCCAGCUGGAGCCCAAUGCUGUGAAAGGCCUCCACAUUAACUUUGCUCCUCCAAGUAAAGGAGGCCUUCUCAUAAUGUUGUCCAUACUUUUUGGUCGCCGAUUUCCCAAACUCUUUGGCUUCACCGAGCAUGAUGUGAAACGCCUUUUCCCCACUAUGGAAAAGCUUGUAGUAGACAGAAUAAGGGAGACUGGAUACCUGCACAUACAGGCCACUAAACCUGACACUGCAGGCCGUGGAUUGAAUGACUCUCCCGUUGGUUUGGCUGCCUACAUUUUGGAGAAGUUUUCAACCUGGACUGAUCCUGAAUUCAAGAACCUUGAGGAUGGUGGACUGGAGAGGAAGUUUUCUCUUGAUGAUCUUCUGACGAAUGUGAUGAUCUACUGGACCUCUGGGUCCAUCAUAUCCUCCAUGCGUUUCUACAAGGAGAACUUCAGCAAAGGCCUGAAUCAGCCCCAUGCAAAGCUUCCAGUUUACGUUCCAACAGGUGUGGCCUCUUUCCCUAAUGAGCUGACGCACUCCCCUAAAUCAUGGGUGACACCGAAAUACUAUAAGCUCAAGACUUACACUCCCAUGGCACGCGGGGGGCAUUUUGCUGCUAUGGAGGAGCCGCAGUUACUGGCAGAGGAUGUUCAGAACUUUGUCAAGAUUGUGGAAAAGAGAGAGAAGAAAUAAAUAGUUCUCUGUCCUUUUAUUCAUCUUCAUGGGCUAAUGGAAGUAAAAAACAGCCCUUGGAGCACAACCAAUGGCUAAUCCUAAUCAUUACUGUGUCAAAAACUAUUAUAAACAAAUAUAUUAUGUUCAUUUUUAAGUAAUAGCACUGUUUAAUCCUAGGAAUAUAUUAACACAAUAUUUUAUUUGUACGAUGUGCCUUAGUUUUAUUACAAUUUAAAUGAUUACAUGAUUAAAUGAUGACAGGAGCUUGCUUUAGACAUUUCACUGAUUAUUUGUAGAGAUGCUGAAGUGUUCUGAAGUGAUUUUGAGUGGGACAGGAAUCAAUUUAAUGCUGAUGUUAAACUGUAUGAAAUGAUAGUCAAUCCUUUAUUAAAGCACUCUUAAGUGCAGUUAUUGAA